AAAAGUAUCGAUACCUUGAUUUGAGAAUCGAUUUUAGAACAUAGAGCGCUAGUAUCGGAGGUAUCGGUAUUUCAGUAUCGAUUCGCACAUCACCACCGGUAGAAAGAAACAUGGCGGAGAAAGCAGACGUGGAAAUGGGAGAAAACCCAUUUGAACCUUACAUUGAAUCCCUUCGUCAGCAACUGGAAGACCAAGACCCGGUUUUUCUUAUCGGUGUUAUCGUCGCUUUGGCGGUGAUUGUCGUGACUUGUGUUUUUCUGAAAUAUUUUCUCACCGGUAAAACCGUCCAGAGUGCGGUGCUGCUGGUUGGACUGUGUGACUCGGGGAAAACCCUUCUCUUCAGCCGGCUGCUGUCUGGAAAGUUUAAGCGGACUCAGACCUCCAUCACCGACAGCAGUGCUCCGUACAAAGCCAAAAAUGACAAAGGCAGCACCUGGACUCUGAUAGACCUACCAGGACAUGACAGUCUCCGUCCUCAGUACCUGGAGAAGUUCAAGUCUGCAGCCAGAGCGAUUGUGUUCGUAGUGGACAGCGCCAUCUUCCAGAAGGAAGUGAGAGAUGUGGCUGAGUUUCUGUACGUGUUGUUGACGGACGCCGUGAUCUCCAGGAAUGCCCCAGUUCUCCUGGUGGCAUGCAACAAACAAGACAUCACCAUGGCGAAAUCCGCUAAACUGAUCCAACAGCAGCUGGAAAAGGAACUGAAUACCUUGAGAGUAACUCGCUCUGCAGCACUGAGCUCUCAGGAUGGCUCCGUAGGCGGCAGCUUGUAUCUGGGGAAAAAGGGCAAGGACUUCGAGUUCAGCCAGCUGCCCAUGAAGGUGGAGUUUGUGGAGUGCAGCGCCCGCGGCAGCAAGGGAGAAGAGGGCGCUGCUGACAUGGAGAGCCUGGAGAGAAGCCUGGCCAAACUGUAAAAUCAGCAGCUCGACUCCAUCAGUUUGCCUAAAAGGCACAAACAUCAUAUCAGAACCACCUCAACCUUCACCGUCACCUCAGUAAUCAGAAGACUGAUGCCUCCGUAGCAUCGGUCUCCAUUGAACCACAAACCUAUCUGUGCAACGCAUGAAAGGAUUUUAACAGCGGAAGACAUUCAAUCGUACUAAAACAGACUAUUAAAGUAUUUUGGACAUCGCUGAAAUGAGAUGCAGCGGUUUGUCAGGUUGCUCUGCAGUGUUGAGAAAUUAUCCUGCUCCUCCAGUGUAAAUCUUACUGUGAAAAUCUGCUUUGUUUGGCCUGGUUUGAAAAUCUAGAGCUUCAAGAGUUGUGGUAGAACUGCUACAUUUGUUGUUUAUGAUUUAAAGAGAAAAUAUCAAAGAGUUCACUCGGUUCAUUUUAAGCGCGUCUGAGCUGUUGGCCACUUUGUAAAGAUAAGACAGGCAUGAAUCGCAUUUAUUCACUGACUUGGACUGUCUGCCUUGUGCCUUUUCUCUAUGGUACCCUUAUAGAAAUGUGUUUUGCUUGUUUGCAGAAGAAUGAUUGAUAUUGUGUGAAUAGAGUGCUUUUGAGAGGAAUGUAAAAAAUUUUGCGUUUGUAGCUGUCUGGUUUGUUUUAAGUUGUCACCAUAAAGUUUUUCAUGCUGUCUGCA